AUGAGCAUGAUGGGAGAACUAACUUACUUUCUUGGACUACAAAUCAAACAGUCUCUCAAAGGAAUCUUUAUUAGUCAAACCAAGUACAUCAAAGAACUUAUAAAAAAGUUUGGCAUGGAAAAUGCUAAGCCCAUUGGGACUCCAAUGAGUCCAACAACUAUGCUUGACGAAGAUUACCAUGGAAGAAGUAUUGAUGAAACUAUGUACAGAGGAAUGAUUGGAUCCUUAUUAUAUCUCACUGCUAGUCGACCCGAUAUAAUGUUUAGUGUGUGUAAAUGUGCAAGGUAUCAGUCGGCUCCAAAGGAAUCUCAUCUUACCGUUGUUAAACGCAUUAUAAUAUAUAUUAUUAGGACCUCUGAAUUAGGAUUAUGGUAUGCUCACUCUAAAAAUUUUGUCUUGAAAGGUUUUUCAUAUGCAGAUUUUGCAGGUGAUAAGAUCGAUAGGAUCAGUACCAGUGGCAAAUGCCAACUGUUGGGAAAUGCACUAGUUUCCUGGCAUAGAAAGAAACAAAACCGUGUUGCCUUAUCAACAACUGAAGCAGAAUAUUUAGCUAUUGGAAGUUGUUGUACACAACCAGAAAAAGGCAGGAAAGAGGCCCAUGAGCAAACCCCCAAAAGAUCUGCAUGCAAGAAAGGGAAAGUGGAGAGUACUGAAUUUGGCCCAGAGGACAAAUUAAUAUUCUAUGGACCAAAUGAGAAAUCAAGGUUUGAGUCCUAUAAAUCGAAAUCUAUGACUUAUGGACGCACUGUAAGUCUCUCUCUUAUGAAAAAUCUGCAUUGUGAUGUGAUUGCUGUUUUCGAUUUUCAACGUCUUUCCUCUCUAUUCGAUACUAUUGAGAGCUCCGUAUAUGAAGAGCCUGUGAGAAUGUUCUAUGCAAAUUUGUUUGUGAAUGAUAAAGAUGACUUGGAAUUCAUGGUUUUAGGCACUCGAAUUGUUCUCGACUCUUAUUAA